AUGCUCGGUGUCCCCGUCGGUGUCGACAUUGAAGAGAUCCGUACAGAGAUCAAGGCUAUCCCCGACGUGAUCUCGAUCCAUGACCUGCAUAUUUGGCAAUUGACCAACAUCAAGAUGGUCUCAUCCCUCCAUGUCCUCGUCACCAACCAAGAGGCCUUUGAGCGCGUUUCGAGGGCUGUCAAGACCAUUAUGCAUCGUGCUGGUGUGCAUUCUACGACUAUUCAGCCAGAGUUCCCUGGAAUGCAUCCAUAUCUGUCGCAGGCCAUCAAGUCGAAAGAUACACUGAGGUUGAGGAAGUGCUUCUCGGAGGAUGAUACCAAGCAUUUGUUGGCGACUGAGUCCUCUCCUUCUUUUGGUGGUGCUAUGGCAGCGCAGAGUGGGGAGUCUUUGCCGGGUGGGUCGUCGAGUCAGCCCAUGUUUACGCUGCAAGGCCCUGAUGGUAACCCCGUUGCUGUUGCUGCUGCACCCGAGACUGUCGCCGUUGAUGGUGCUGGAGCUGGUAAUGUUGAGCAGGUGCCUGGCAGCAGUUUGAUCCUUAUUCCUGACGACGAGAUCAAGGAUGAUUUGAACUGUGCACUCCUCUGUGCCGACGGCGAGGAGGCCUGUGAUGUCGGUAGCUGUUGCACACUACCCGUCAAAAGGUAG